AUGAACCGGCAGCUAGUGAACAUUUUGACAGCCUUGUUUGCCUUUUUCGUAGAGACAUACUACUUCAGGACGACUUUCUGUAAAGAACAUGAUUCCAGAUCUGGGAAAUCCCCUUCACAGACGCUGUCUCCUUCAGAUUUUUUGGACAAAUUGAUGGGACGAACAUCAGGUUAUGAUGCACGAAUAAGACCAAAUUUUAAAGGUCCUCCAGUAAACGUUACUUGCAAUAUUUUUAUCAACAGUUUUGGAUCAGUUACAGAAACCACCAUGGACUACAGAGUGAACAUUUUUUUGAGGCAGCAGUGGAACGACUCACGUCUUGCCUACAGUGAAUACCCUGACGACUCCUUGGAUUUGGAUCCAUCUAUGUUGGACUCUAUUUGGAAACCUGAUUUAUUCUUCGCCAAUGAAAAAGGAGCAAAUUUCCAUGAUGUUACCACAGACAACAAGCUUCUGAGAAUUUCCAAGAACGGGAAAGUGCUGUAUAGUAUCAGGCUAACACUGACCUUAUCUUGUCCCAUGGACCUGAAGAACUUCCCCAUGGAUGUACAAACAUGCACAAUGCAACUAGAGAGUUUUGGCUACACUAUGAAUGACCUGAUCUUUGAAUGGAUGAGUGAUGGUCCAGUGCAAGUAGCAGAAGGGUUAACUCUGCCACAGUUUAUUUUGAAAGAAGAGAAGGAACUUGGCUAUUGCACGAAGCAUUACAAUACUGGAAAAUUUACAUGCAUUGAAGUAAAGUUUCAUUUGGAGCGUCAGAUGGGAUAUUAUUUAAUCCAGAUGUACAUUCCUAGCCUGCUGAUCGUCAUUUUGUCCUGGGUUUCUUUCUGGAUCAACAUGGAUGCUGCUCCAGCCAGAGUUGCCUUGGGCAUCACCACAGUCCUGACAAUGACCACUCAGAGUUCAGGCUCCAGAGCUUCUCUUCCAAAAGUCUCCUAUGUAAAAGCAAUUGACAUCUGGAUGGCAGUGUGUCUUCUCUUUGUGUUUGCUGCACUGCUUGAAUAUGCAGCAGUGAAUUUUGUGUCAAGGCAACACAAAGAAUUUCUGAGGCUUCGGAGAAGGCAAAGGAGGCAAAACAAGGAAGAAGACGCUACUCGUGAUAGCCGGUUUAAUUUUGGCUAUGGGAUGGGUCACUGUCUACAGGUCAAGGAUGGAGCCGCAGUCAAGGCCCCACCUCCAAAUCCUCCACUGCCCCCACCGCCAAAGGAUUCAGAUUCCAUCAAAAAGAAGUUUGUUGACCGUGCCAAAAGGAUUGAUACAAUAUCCCGGGCUGCAUUCCCACUUGCCUUUCUCAUCUUCAACAUAUUUUACUGGAUUACAUACAAAAUCAUACGUCAUGAGGAUAUUCACAAAAAAUAA